GUACUGCUAAUUACCUCUUUGAUGUAGCAUUUUUUUUUAUUAAAACCCAAAGUCACUGCCAAAUGCCAAAUGGUCAAAACAACAUCGUAUGGUGGAGCUUCUUGUUGUUUUAAGUUUUUAAUCUUCCAAAGUGCUGCGUUUUCGGGGCAGUCCUGUUCCAGCGCCAGCGGUGGUUAAUUUGGCAGAGAGAGAGAGCGAGAGAGAGAGAGAGAUGUCUCUGGUAGACUAUGCAUCCUCUUCAGACGACGACGUUUCAGACUCCGAACAUGAACCACCAGCACUUCCAACCCAGCGCCCCCCUUCUCCUCGUAAAACCCUGCCAUCUGGGUCGUCGUUGGAUCAAAGGCCAGAAACUUUUGAGAAGCUUCCGGAUGCUUCGGUGCUUUUGAACUCUCCGAGGGUGUCAUUAAUAAGCGGCGACAACCACGCAUCUGUGGUAGCAGCAGCGAUGGCGGAAAGUGCGUCGCGUAAGCGACACUCAGAGGGGAUGAUGGGGUUGGGUUCCAGCGUUAGCGUACCACCCCCACCAAGGGCUAAACUUCCCAGAGCUACCUUACCUCAUUCCAAGAGCGUUCCUGAUACGGGAGGUGGCACCCUUGUUCCCCCUCAGCUCAAAGGAAGGAGUAAUGUGGUCACUGAAGAUAUCAGCAAGCUAUUUGUCAGCAGACAUGCUGUUGCACAGCCCAGAGGACCUGAAAAUUAGUCAUAGUUUAUUUCCUCUUGAAAUUAUUGCUUUAUACAAACUGAAAACAGAUGAACAUCUUGAGGAUUUUGAUUUUGUAUAAAUAUAAAGAACUUUAUAUUUUUGCACA